UUACCUGGAUUCGAGUUCAGUCUCGUCGUGCGUAUUAAAGUAAUUAGUUGGUAUACCGCUGCUUCGCGAAGAUGCGACCUCGAGGGUCGUGCAAGAAGCUCGAUUGCAUUUUCGCAUUAUCGAAAUGGAUCCUUCUCUCCGGCUGCCUCCUCUCGUUAACACCACGUGGUAUCAUCGCGCAAAAUGAAAGCGAGACGUUCGAAAGUGCAUUCGGAUUGAAUUUGCCCGAGUCGAUCGAGAACGAGAGCACGGAGAGGAACACCAGUUUGCCGCCGCAGACGAAGGAGGCUCACCUGGAGCUCGAGGACCUCGCUGUGGAGGAGAAGGAUCUGAGUCCUGUUGAGAAAAAGGACGGCGUGGAGAGUCAGGUGCAAGCUUUGCCAGAAGCUGAAAAUGCUUUCGCGGCGAAAGGCGAGGCCGAGGUGGACACGUUCUCCGUGCAAAAUAUUUCCGGUAGGAUGGCGAAAGAAAAAACUGCGAAAUAUGUAAGAUACGAUUCGAAUUUACCUGACGCCUAUAGGUACGCGCCCCGCCCGGACGACAAUCAGGCGUUUUAUAAAAUAACGGACACCAGGUUGAAAGAAAUUCGUUCUGAAUUUAUGUACUGGUACUUUGAUAAAGGCGGCAACGACGAGAAGGGCGACUACCAGUCGGCCCUGCAGGCGACGAACUUGCAGAUCCAUAAAAAUCUCAACUUCCAGUUGCCUUUCUUCGGCUUUAGGUUCAACUACACAAGAUUAACUGUUAACGGAUACUUGGAAUUCAGCGACCCACCGGAGCACCUCACGUACCCUCUUGUCUUUCCCAUUAAAGAUUGGCCUAAAAAGAAUGAUCCCAGCUUCAUCGGCAUUUUCUUCAGCAAAUGCCGCAUAGGACUGUUGCGAGAAACCGAUCUCGAUCAAAGGAAACCGGGGGUGUACUUCAGGCUCGAGAGGGAUCUGCAAGGGAGAACCGACCAGUUCGGCGUGGAGAUGCGAGAGCGUGUCAUGUGGGACAUCCGCCAGGGUGUCGUCGGCGCCGAUUCGUUCAUACCCAAGCACGCCCUUAUCGCAACCUGGAAGAACAUGUCUUUCACGGGUGGUAUCGACCUGUCCCUCCACAAAACUAACACGUUCCAGUUGGUCCUAGCCACCGACGAGGUCUUCACCUAUGCCAUUUUUAAUUAUCUCAAUAUCCAAUGGACGAGUCACACCGAGGCGGGCGGUGACACGACACAAGGCGAGAACGGAGUCGCCGCAUACGUGGGCUUUAACGCCGGCAACGGCACUCAGAGCUACGAGUAUAAGCCCUACUCGCAAGCGACCACGAUCCGCGACUUAACGAGCAGGGGAUGGGCGAACGGUUUCCCGGGACGGCACAUUUUCAGGAUAGACGAGAAGAUAAUGCUGGGCACCUGCAAUAAGGACAUAGCCGGAGCUCAUCUGCCGCUGGUUUUCGCACCGGAGUCCGGGAACAUGCUGGGUGGUACGGUCGUCAACAUCACCGGGCCGUGUUUCAACGAGAGCCAGAAGAUCAAAUGCCGUUUCGAGAACGAGGUGGUGAUGGGCGUGGUAAUAGACAGAAAUCGCGCGAUCUGCGUGCAGCCGUUCCUCAAGUACGAAGGCUACAUUCGCUUCUACAUCGCCAUCGACAGUGGCACUUACGAUUGGAAGGGAAAGUAUUUCGUCGAAACCCCGGCAACGGCGACAGAGAGGAUCUUCUUCAUCGAUAAAGAGGCCGUUCACUUGAAGGAUCCCGCGGAAAUAAAAAUCACGUGGAACGCGUAUAAUUUGACCACCAAUAUAGGAGCGGGAAUACAGAUCUCGUUGUGGGGAUACAGGGAGACCAAGACGAGACCAGAGUUUGAGUACAUAACGAUUCUGGAGGUUCGUACGAGACAACUAUGCGCGCAGAGAGUUGUCGGUAAAUCAAACCACUCCAGCAUCCCCUUAAGGUGGCCUUCACUAAUAUUAAAUCGCUAUUAUGUUGACGAUAUUGCGAUCGUAAUCGAUGCGUUACAUUUUGCAGUGAGAGGUAAUAACUCCGCUACCAUCGAGGUCCGUUUGAGACCUAAGCACGCACAGUGGCGAUAUCGGCUCGACGUCUUCGCGGACGGUCAAAGGGUAUUCUUUGAUAGACCAUCCUUAAAAUUCCAACAUUUCCCCGGGGUCGUCGUUUAUACUCCUACGUACAUCUUGAAUCAGAGCGAGGUCAUUAUUAUGCUCGAUACCGGCGCUGGCGUAGAAGUCGUGGAGAACGAGGGCUUCAUAUCCGCUCGAACGUAUCUACCGUGGUCAUAUCUGAACAAAACCAGGGGACUGUUUGGCAUUUGGAAUUUCGAUCGCACGGACGAUUUGACGAGUCCGCAGGGAUAUCAAGUCCCAAUCACCAGCGUGAAUCAUUCGGAGACCAUUCAUAGGGACUUCGCGAUACAUUGGAUGUUGGAAGAUAAAGAGAACAAACUGUUAGGGGCGGCUUUAUUCCAUAGAGAGUUCGGUAGAACGGCGAGCUAUUAUGCUAAUCGCACGUUCGAGCCGGAAUUCCGAAAAUAUCCGUCGGAGAUACUCCCGGCGAACAGGUCGUACGAUGUAAACCGCGCGAUUGAUCUGUGCGGCGACUCAUAUCAGUGUCAGUACGAUUACGUUAUGACGUUGAAUCGAGAUUUAGCGCACUUUACUCGAAACUACUACGAUACCUACACCCAGAUCCGAGCGUUGAAUAUGAAGGAAGUUAUAUCCUGCGGCGUACUGGAAACACCGCGGUUCGGACGCAAGAGUAAUUUCCUAUUUGUCCCGGGGACGAAAGUGAGCUUCGAGUGCAAUCAGGAUUUCAUAUUGAUCGGUGAUCAACGUCGGGUGUGCACGCCAGAAGGACGAUGGAACACUCCGGAAUACGGAUACACGGAAUGCCUCCGUCAGCAGGAAUAUAGCUCCCGUCAGGCGGGAAUUACCACCGGCAUAGUGCUCGCUUGCCUGAUCCCCAUUCUGUUGAUAGUCAUUUGCGUCGGAUAUCGAGCCCUCAAGAGCCGCAAGGAACAACGCGAGCAGGAGGAGAUCUUAGCGAGAACGCGGCAGGCGGAGCUGCAACGACUGCGGAAGAUCGGCGAGGACGAUGAGCCGGUUCCUUAUAGUCCCAGCAAGGCCACGGAGAUCAAUUAGAGGGAAUUUUAUAUAUCGCAUUUUCCUAGGAACGUAGAACUUUUUGUACGCUACUCAUGUACCAUUUAUUUACUUGUAAACCACCACCCGCCGCUGUGACGACUGCGUCAUAUCUAAACUUAUUUAAGUACAAAUUAUCUACGAAUGACCAAAGCGGCGACGCGAGGUUUCGUGCCUUUUUCUUCGUUAUUUCUUUUCUCUCUUUUUUUUGUAAAUCUAUUAAGGGCCCGUGCGACGGCAAGAGAAGACAACGAUUCUCCUCCUUCCGUUAAUCAUACUUUCAUGUUAAUCAACCUGCGGAGAAAAUAAAUUGGAAUGAGAAGAA